UCUCCUCCUGCUCCUCUCCCGGGGUCAGUUACUCAUUUGACGUUGCCACUCGAGGAGUUUUAGAGACGCUUCGCACAGUCUGACGCUCAUCCUUCACAGCCGCCAUGGUCCACAGCAGCAGUAUCUGCAGAUUCCUCCUCCUGGUGCUCCUUGGCCUCAUGGUAGCCUUUGUACACACAGAGACGGUCGCAGACCCUGCCUCGACGACCAGGGACAACCAGGACACCAUGUCCGGAGAGCCCCCCAGUGACGUCACCACCAAAGACCCUUUCCAGGACAUGACGGAGCAGCCCUUCACCUUCGACUACGAGGACACCACGCACUCCCAGGCCAUGGACGAGGAGGAAGGGGUGCUGGGGCCAGGCGCCAUCACAGCCAUUGUCAUAGCAGUCUUCCUGGGAGCGUCUGUCCUCCUCGCCCUCAUCGUCAUCACGCUCAGGAAGUUCACCGCCUCCUAGAGCGAAUGCAUCCCAUUUUGCCUGUGUAUGCGUGCGUGCGUUUUUGUGUGUGUGUUGUUUUUUACGCCAUGAGUGUGUCAGCGUUUCUCUUUUGCCUCUUAUACCCCUCGAAUCGCUCCCCGUCUUUCUUUGACUUUGUACCUUUUGCUUCGCUGUAGAUGCAGAGACACUGUGGCGGGUCCCUCCACUGACUCUUUCCUCCUGUAAUCGCGCUAAUUGUUGCUCAUCCUGUCCGCCUGUUGCUUGAGGCGUCAUGUUGGAAACUGGCUGGCUCUUCCAGUGGAAACCGCAGCACGUCCGUGUCAUUUUAACGUUGUUCGGGAACGAUAUUUGAGAUUUAUGCGCCUGCACCUGAGGUCUCUCACUGUGAUUUUAACUUGUGCCAAAAAUAGGUUCUACAAAACUCCCUCGGUGUCGCCCAUGUACAAGUUUUGAAGUUUGUGUUGCGCCAUUCACAAACAUUUGUAGAGUCAAAAUAAGAAGACAGUAUUUUAAAAAGGCGUCCUCGAUGAAUGUAAACAGGGUCGCUGGGGCUGUUUGUUGUACCUGCAGAGCAAAUAUGAAGUUAGAGCGUGGACGAAUGUGUGUUUGCACUCAAGUGAGUGUUUGUAGUUUUUGUGUUGCUGUUUUAUUUGCG